CAGAAGUUGGAACAAAAACAAAACGACGCCAUUCACAGUUCGCGAGGCCAGCAGUCGGGCAAAGCGCAAAAAAUCGCUUUUUUGUUGGUGUAAAUUUUUUGACAUCUCAUCGCACCAAAAGUGACUUUAUUCUCCAGAAGGAAAGAAGCGGAGUAAAAAACAAGAAGAGUGAAAAUUUCAACCCAGUCGAAGCAGGGAGGAAAAAUCGCCUCUUUUUUCCACGUUUUGUGCACCUGGAAGUUUCGAAGCGGCUUGGGCUUGGGCAGUUACCGGACACGGCCACUACGAUGCAACGGAACAAAGCGGCGACGUGGGCCGCGAUGACGCUGGCGGCCUGCUGCUGCUUGCUUGCUUUGAUCGGGCCGGCUUCGGCGGCCAAAUCACAAGUCAUCGAACUGGACGAGGCCAACUGGGACCGGAUGCUGACGGAGGAGUGGCUGGUCGAGUUUUACGCCCCGUGGUGCCCCGCCUGUAAGAACCUGGCCCCGAUCUGGGACGACCUGUCGACGUGGUCGGACGACCUGAGCAUCAAGAUCGCCAAGGUGGACGUGACCACGUCACCGGGCCUGAGCGGACGCUUCUUCGUCACCGCCCUGCCCACGAUCUUCCACGUGCUGAACGGCGAGUUCCGCCAGUACAAGGGUUCGCGCGAUCUCAACACGCUCAUGACCUUCAUCGAGGAGAAGAAGUGGCAAGCGCUGGAGCCGGUUUCCGCCUGGAGCAAACCCGACUCGCUGCAGAUGUCGCUGGUGUCGCAGUUCUUCAAGCUGUCCAACUUUUUGAAAGUAAGUAAAGCCCGCUUCAAGGAAGUGAACGUGAUGCUGUCCAAGGAGUACGGACUGCCGCCGUGGGGAUCGUACGCCCUGUUUGCCGUCGGAACCAUCCUGCUUGGCGCGAUCCUCGGUCUGAUUCUGGUUUGCGUGAUCGACUUUAUGUUCCCGCCCAAGUCGGCCCAGCGCAAGAGUUUCUCCGAGCACAAGCGCAGCCUUAACAACGAGAAGGAAACCGAGGAUCUGAAGGGUGACGAGCUGGAGGACGAGGACGAAAACCGGGAGGAAACCGGCGGCGUUCAGGACGAGGACGAGGAAGCGGAUGAGACUUCCGACGGGGAAAAGUACUCGGGAUCGGACUCGGAGGAGGUUCCGGAGAGCGAGCGGAAGAAGGAGGAUGCGGAGCCGGAAAAACCAACCAAGAAGGAGGAAGCGGAAGAAGAGGAAGAGGUGACCAAGAAGAAGGAAUCCGCCGGCAGUCCGGACGUGCGAAAACGCAGAACCCGGAAGGCGGAUUGAGCAGCUGGUCAUUGGUUUGUAUUUUGUUUGCGCGUGUGAAUUUUUAACGUUGAAAAAAGUGAAAAACUAUGCAGAGAAGGCUGGAGCAGAACCAAACGCCCAAAAAUGUUUCCUAAAAUGAAACACUAAAUAAUCGAAGACUUAAAAGAAACACAUACACACUAAGUGGAAACCGAACAGAGAGACACGCACGCACUCACGACUUGUUGAAGAAGUCGUUAAGUCUCGUAAAAAAAUAGCAUUUGAAUAACCCGUCAACAUCUCAUCCCUUCUAAUAAAAAGAAAAAAAAAAGUGCGAUUGUUUAAUAUUAAUAAUUUUAAUAACAAAGCUAGCAAAGGCAAGCGAGUCAAGUUAGAAGCGUCAUCAAGAAGGCAUUUUUAAGGUAAUGUUUAAGCAAAAAGAUUCCAUCAAAAACACUUUCUUUUCUUCUUCUUUUGAAGUGAUACUAACAGAUAAUUCCCUUCGUUAGGCUUUCCGUAUAUAUUUUAAUAAGUUUUGUGUUAAUAUAACUUUUCUAUCGCAUUCUCGUGAUUGCUUUUAAUAAUCUUAAAACCUUAUUUUCCAACCAUUUCUGAUAUUCUCACUACUGACCAACGUCAAAGCGGCAACUGUUGGCCCUAUGAGGGAACCAAACUCGACAGAGAUAUAUACUAAACAAUUUGAAACAGAGUGUGGAUUAAACACAGGAAAAGCAAAACAAACUCACUCAUGUGUGCAUCACACACCACCACCACCACACACAAACACACAGAAAAGAAGUGAAAACAAACUUUGUGUAGUUGUUCAUGCAAAAGAAAAAUCGAAAUAAAGGAACCUUUUUCCAACAGUGCGAA